GUACAGAAACGUAGAAGAAGAAGUAUGCGGAAGCUUAGGAGUUGUGGAGCGUCGGACACUGGUAAAAAUGGAGAGUCCGGAGCUGUCGUUUACGUUGGCUUACGUCGUGUUCGCGCUCUGCUUCAUCUUCACACCCAACGAGUUCCGCGCGGCCGGUUUAACGGUCCAGAACGUGUUUGGGUCAUGGCUGGGGAGCGAGGACGUCGGCUUCAUCCAGUACCACCUGAGGAGGACCAGCAUCACCAUACUGGUCCACUCUGCGCUACCUUUAGGUUACUACCUGGGGAUGAGUGUCGCCGCCCCGGAGAACGUGGGAUACGUUCAGCAGCAGGUGAGUGAUGGCUGGACAGUUUUCCUCCUCGUGUCCCUCCUCCUCCACCUGGCCAGCUGGAUGCUGGUCAUCUACUGGUCCUGCUGUCACUGGAAGCAUCACCCCAUCAGCAGGGCCCUGCAGGCCCACGUACAGCCUCCUUACUCCAGCUGGGGCUCCGUGGCAACCAGCAUUAACACAGAGUUCAGACGCAUAGAUAAGUUUGCUACCGGAGUGCCUGGAGCCAGAGUCAUCGUCACUGACAGCUGGGUGUUAAAGGUGACCACCUACUACGUCCACAUGACCUUACAGGCCGACUGUCAUGUGACCGUGACCGAGUCCACACAGCAUGAGCUGAGUCCAGAUUCAAGCACCCCCGUAGAGAUGCUGACCCUGAGAGUGGAGAGCAUCAACCCUGCCGUCAGACCCUUCGGCUUCAGAAUCAACUCUACAGAUUAUUCAGACUUCAGGGAGAAGCUUGGAGCUCCCAUCAGACUUUCCCCCAACGUGGUGAUCCAUCAAACAAUCAGUGAUCUGUUCCUGGAGACGUUCAGAGCUCAGGUGGAGCUGAAUCAGCCGUACACCCUCCCAGGUGGACAGGAGCUGGAGCUCUGUAUCGGCUGUAUGCAAGUUCCUGCUCGCACCAAGCUGGUCCGACGCUGUCACGCAGCAGGAGCUGAUAAUGAGUCCGAGUGUCAGCAGUGUUUUUGCAGACCUAUGUGGUGUUUGACCUGUCUGGGUCGAUGGUUUGCCAGUCGUCAAGACCAGCAGAGACCAGAAACCUGGUUGUCCAGUAAAGUCCCCUGCCCCACCUGUAGAGCCAGAUUCUGCAUCCUGGACAUCUGCAUGGUCCGGUGACUGGAUCCAGAAGACCUCAUUCCUCUCAGGACCAAGUGGAGCUGUGUGUUAAGACUGAAUAUGUGACUGCACCUUUUUAUAAACAGACUUAGUGUCCUCUUCUUCUGUCACUGUGUCAGAGUUUCUCUGUAAAAAUACAGUUUGUUAUGAAAUCA